UGACAAAGAACACUAUAUCACAUGACCGAACAUGCUUUGGUGAUGAAAAUGGCGACGAUACGCGGCGAAGUUCUGCUGUCAAGCGAGUUUGGACUUUACCCAAAGAAACGAAAUGUGUACAAAGUCUCGCUUAGUCGGACCGGACUUUUCUACAGCCUUCAAACGGACAAAGAAGGUGCAAGUGAAAUACAAGUCGUUCAUUUGAGCGAUGUAAUCGGCUGUCGGUGCCAGAGAUCGGUUGGAUGUGCAUCGGCUUUCAUAACUAUCUUCUCCUACCCGUUCAAACAGAAAGUGUUCAGUUCCAAAUCUACGCGGAAGAGAGUACUUGUCAUCUUCGAGGUGAAAAUAUUCUCCUCCUUCGAUGACAAUCUCAAACUCGCAGAAAAAUGGCGGAAUGUCAUCAACUGUUUGUCACGGAGCCUCCCAUUGAAUGUCGAAGAUCUCGACUCCUGCUGCCCCCCACCCCCUGGGCGACUCCUUAUCCUCAUCAACCCCCACAGUGGUCCAGGAAAGGGGCUGCAGAUCUUCGAAAAUGAAGUCAAGCCAAUGCUGGAGGAGGCUGAGAUCCCCUACAAGAUGAAAGUCACAGAGUAUGCUGGCCACGCCCGAGACCUGCUGCAGACACUGGCGCUGAGUGAAUGGUAUGCAGUGGUCAUUGUGUCCGGCGAUGGCUUGAUAUAUGAGGCUAUCAAUGGGCUCAUGGAGAGGCCGGACUGGGAGAAGGCAAUCCAGAUUCCCAUGGGAUGUAUUCCUGGUGGCUCCGGCAAUGCUCUCUGCUGCUCCAUCAACUAUUCAGCAGGAGAGCCAGUGAUCAUGAAUGCCGUGCUACACUCCACCUUCAUCCUCAUCAAGCAUAAAGUUGUUCCCAUGGACCUGGUGCUGAUCCAGACACCUUCACAGAGGAUCUUCUCCUUCCUGUCUGUCACAUGGGGCAUCAUGGCCGACAUUGACUUCGAGAGCGAGAAGUACCGCAGUAUCGGGGAAGCCAGGUUCACUCUCGGGGCCAUCAAACGGAUUCUCAAUUUACGCUCAUACAAAGGAAAAGUCUCAUUCCUCCCAAUUGCUGAAUACAGUCCCAAGGGUGUUAAUGGAGAAACUAAGAAUGCUGUUUUGACCAAGAUCCGUAGAUUUUCGCUACGGAGUUGCAGUAACAGUAAAAGCACACUAAGUUCCGGCAGCAUUGACAGACUGUCUGCGUUCGGUUCCCAGGACCUUGUCAGCUCAGAUCAGAACCCCAGCAGCUCCCAGCUGAGCCCCUCCAACUCCAACGGGAGCAUAGGCGAGGUAAACGGCAACAUGGCUGACCAGGUGCUGAACCUGCAAGAAUCUCAGGAACAUUCCAUUCUGACCAACUCCGCCAACAGAUGCAGCAUGGACAGCAGCGGGGACUUCUCCUCAGACAACAACAAAGGAUGUGGAGAUGCUGCACAAACUCUGGAACCUGUAAACAGUACGACAAACGGUCACUUUGCGCAUGGAGCAUCCGGUGAUACUAAUCAGGGUUUGGGAAAUAAUGUGAAACUGGAGAGGAGUACCUUAACAGCUUCAGGAAGCCAUGGCGAUAUUGAAAUAGAGACAGAAACGGUUUCAGCCAAAAAGUCUGAAAACCAUGGUAUGUCUUAUGCUCUUCUGCCUCCUCUAGAUCAGCCGGUACCUGACAAUUGGGUUGUUAUAGAGGAUGGGUUCAUCUUAGUUAGUGCUUUAUACCAAACCCAUCUUGGUAGUAAGAUGCUAGCAGCACCUCAAGCUCAUCUUAGCGACGGGUUCAUGUACCUUAUGUUUAUCAGAGACGGUAUUCCACGAAAUACACUCUUAAGUCUGUUUCUGUCUUUUGGUGAAGGCGGACAUGUAGAUUCUCCAUAUGUGGAGAUUGUGAAAGUGCUAGCAUUUCGGUUGGAGCCAUCUUCGACAAACGGGAAUAUUAUGAUUGACGGUGAACGAAUUGAUGUGACCCCUCUCCAAUGUCAGGUUCUACCUCAGAUUAGUAGAAUUAUGGCGAUUCAGUAAUCAAGACGUUUCCUGUAGUACGAUGGAUGAUGUCAAGAUGGAUGUUUAUUGUUAAUAGCAUCUGCCGUGAAGCUGCCAAGCUAUAGAGGAUGCGAUUAGUGUGUAUUUAUUCCAGGUUUGUGUGGACCACAUUUACUCACAGAUAUACUUGUGGUGUGUACUGGAAGAUGACGCGUAGGUUUCAAAUUUGUGGAGAUGAAUGCACUAGCCUCCAGCUAGAUUUGUUUUUGUGUACUUCAUGUAUUAUGGUGUAUUGUGGCUAAAUACACAAUACGUCAUAAUGCAUAUCAGUGGAUGUAUUAACAUUUUUUAUUUAAUUUUUGAAGCAUAUUUGGGAUAAAUGUGUGAUAUUGUGGCUAGAUUAAGUAUGGUUGAACUUAAUAUGGUUUUUAGUGCAUAAUGGCUUGAUAUGCAUUAUAUAUAUUACAUUAUGGUGGCUUGAUAGAUGCUUCAGUGGAUGUCAGUUAUAUUUGCACUGCAUGACAUAUUUGGGCUGGAGGUGCACCAUGGAUACAUACACAUUAUUGUAUGAAGCAUGUUCGUUGAAUUCAGAGUUAUAUGUGCACGGUAUUUAAUCUUUACGUCAGAAGAACACUAGAUAUGCACUGUUGGAUGUAUUAUGUUGGCUUGAUAAGCUCUAUUGUUGAUGUCAAAGUUAUUUGUGCAUUGUAUUGCAUAUAGGGACCAGAUGUACAGAUAGUGCAUGAUGUGGCUGCAAAUGCAUGAUAUGCUCUAAAUACACUAUAGUGCCUGGUAUAUAUUGUUUUUUGCCAUAUUAAGCACCAUGGGAGCUUGGAAAAUUUAGCAGUGUGUGUCGGAAGGGGAAGGGUUGGGCUCGUUGACAAAAUGCACAGUAAGUCAAACUGUCGUCUGAGAUCCAGGAGUGAACAGACUUCGUUCAAACACUGUUAUAACAGAGAUCCUUGCCAUAAGAAAAGAAUAGGGCAAUGCAAUAUGUUUAAUGCAGGGACUGAAAAGAGUGAGGAAGUGGAGAUUUGUUGACACUGUUCGUGUAUCUGGUCUUGAUUUUUGCUUCCUGACAAAUGUCAAAACUCUUGUCUACAAGUACAGUACUCACCUUCUGCUUAUGAAAAGUAAAUAUUCAAAUAUAUAACAGUAAGCCGCAUGGACAUUUUCAGGCUAUGAACAUGAAGAACAUGGUGUUUAUUAGGGCUGGGACUGGGCCCAAUUUUCUACAUGGGUACCCCAUCCCGUAUUACCCUACUAUACCCUGAUACCCGUUAUGUUUAUUCCUGACAUCAAAUUUGUAAGAAAUGGCAAUAUAUUCUUCAGCACAGAGGCUAAAAUUUCAAGUUUUUCAAUAUCUUAAACAUGUAUAUAAUAUUCAAAACAGGUGUCUGUAAAUUAUGUCCAAAUCUUCAAAGACGAUACAACCUUUUAAUCAUGAAGGAAUAACAUAUUACAUUGUUUAAUCUAUUAAUCACAUGAUCAUAACGGGUGUUGAGACGGGUACCUGGGUCCAACUCAUUGCCCACCCGUCCCGGGAAUCCGUGUUACCCGUCCCAGCCCGAGUGUUUAUAAAGAUUACAUGUUGUUUGGUGUUAAAGUUAGGUGCUUAAUGUGGCAACUACAUCCUGGUGGAUUGUUUGUGGUGUCUGCACGACUUUGCAGGUGGCCGUGUUGUAGACAACAAGUGUUUGGCCAGUGAGGGGCAGUAACUUACUGCAAAGAACUACUUAAUGGUUGGUAGUAUAAAAGCUUGUCUGUGAUCCAAGCCAUGACUGGAAAAAUUUGGAAUCAAAUACUCUGGUAGUGUAUUGCUUCCUUGAUCAGUGUCAUGUGACUAUCAUGUGACAGUCAUGUGACUUGUAAUGCACCUAACUUGUAACAAAAUGUCACCAUACACUGUUCAAGAAGAGUCUAGAUUUAUUAUUAGCCUGGGUUUCAGUGUGUAUUUAUGCAAAUAAAGUUUAUUGAAUUUUUGAAAAUAUUUAUAUAUUUUCCAGAGUCUAUGCAAAGAUGAAAAAUGACAGUUGGAACUUGCACAAAUCCUUGUGAAAGAUGUUUUAUUAUACUCUUGAAUAUGUGAUUGUAGUGUUUAGAAUCUAUAUGGCUCAAAUUCAUGGCAUUUAGUCAAGAGUAUACCGGUAUGUAUAUUUGUUACACUGUAGAUAACACUGUGGGUGUGAAUGUGUAUUUGAUAACUGAAUGGUCUAUGUAUUUACCAGGUGUCCAGGUUGGAUUCCCUCCGUGGGUACAAUGUGUGAAGCGCAUUUCUAUUGUCCCCCACCGUGAUAUUACUAGAAUAUUGCAAAUAGUGCUGUAAAAGUAAACUCACCUCACUCACUCACUUCAACCAGGAGGCACAAGAAGACUGCACACUGGAUCAUCUAUUUGGACGUUAUCACCGUUGAGGUCAGGGUCAAGGUCAGCUGGGUCAUUAUUAUUAACAUUUAAAUACUCAUUUGAGUUUUCCUGUAUAUUUAAUGCCAUAUAAAGAUUUGUUAAAAAACAUGGCUGGAGUGUGAGUAAGAUGAUACAAGCUUCCUUUCUCAUAUUUAUGUUGUCACUUUGACCCAUUCGUUAUGUGAAAUAGAUUGUACAGUUAUUCAUUUAAAGUCUAUUUAUUUCAAUAUUUUGUAAAGUAAAGAUGGGCUUGAAAACAAUCAACAUUUAUUUUUGUUGAAUAUCACAUUCCAUAUUGACCGACAUGUACUGACAUAAUGGGUCAAAAAAUAUUUUAUUUGGAAUCAUUAAAGCAAGGUCAGCUUCAAGGUCUGUGCCAUAUGUCAUGUUGUCAGUUCAUCGGAACAAAAAUGUCAUUGAUUAGAUUCAACAAAAAAAAUUAAGUCAUAUCAGAAAUCUGGCAUUCAAUGAAUGUGAAAGGCCUUUUACAGUAAAAUUUCUUAAUGUAUCUACUACAAGUGAUCAACUUAUACAAGUUAGUUUCUAAAUGCUGGGACAGUGGGGUAGCCUAGUGGUUAAAGCAUUUGCUCGUCAUGCUGAAGACCUGGGUUUUAUUCCUCACAUGGGUACAAUGUGUGAAGCCCAUUUUCUGGCGUUGGCCACAGUG